UCGCCAAGAAAGAAAGUGAACCGAGCAAUAUAGAUAUCAGUGUAACAUGUAACAGUGAAUUUAUCUCCUUGGUGCGCUGAAUAGUUUUAUACGCUCAACGAUGAUGUCAUUCAUUUAUUCUGGUUUCACUUGGAAACGGAAUAUUAACGCAAAAAGGUUAUUCACAUUGGCCGUCAUUAUUUCCACAUUGGCUGUUUUAUUUUUCGUCAAAGUGUUUCAAUCGACGAUUGUCAAUGUGGCCCGGAAUGACAUCCAGCAUGAUGGGCAUCCCAGCAGCAAUUCCGUCACCACCGAUUGGGACAAUCUCCUGGACUCGACGACAUUAACUGGCGCCCAGAUCAUGCAGUACUUGAAAUGGAGCAACCGACAAUCCUGCCAGUUGGUCAACGACUUUGGCGGGACGAUGAGGACAAAUCCGUCCGGAUGGGACGGUCAGAAAUCGGUGUGCCUCGACCCGGAAGUGGCGCCAAUUCCGGACCAAUGUCUCGUCUACUCGUUUGGCAUUAAAAACGAGUGGUCGUUUGACGAGCAAAUUUCGGCCUACGGUUGCCAAGUGUACGCCUUCGAUCCGUCCAUGGCCGGCCAGGAUCACUACGACCACAAUCCCGGCAAUGUCCAUUUCUUCAAAUGGGGACUGGGCGAGCGGGACCAACACGACGCCGAUUACAAUUGGACGAUCCGCUCACUUUCGUCCAUCUACGAGGAAUUGUCGGCCCGUCACGGCCGCAGGAUCAUCGACUAUUUAAAAAUCGACGUCGAAUUCGACGAGUGGAUCGCUCUGCCGGAAAUAAUCACUUCCGGAAUGUUGUCCAACGUCCGGCAGCUGGCGAUGGAAGUCCACAUGGAUUUCGAAGCUUCGCUGGACCAGCACCGCCAAUGGGCCAAACUGUUGAGGUCCAUCGAGACGAUGGGGAUGAUCCGCUUCGAUUCCGAGUACAAUCCCUGGUACGUCGGGAGUUUCGUUCGGAUUCCAUUAGAGGGACCUUUGGGUUAUGAAAUCGCCUGGUACAAUGGCAAUCUUUCACAUGUUAACACGAAUAAUAAUAAACGAUGAUCCUCUUC